CUUGAACAUUUUGGAUGUGUAGCUAAGGCACUUGUUGAAAAACAUCCUUGCCUUACAGAACCUGGCUCCACAUCUGGAUGGUAUGGAUGGAAACAUAGCAUAAAGUUCAAGAUGGGCAAUUACAGACAGAAAUUGAAAGGUGUGGGCUGCCGAGAACUGGAGGUUAAUUCUGAGAAAAGAGGUGCUGGGGAUACGCGAGGGAAGAGAAACAAAGUGAAGAAACCUAGACGUUCCGAAACAAAUUUUCUUCCAGAUCUCCCCCAGGGAAGAGACAGCAGAAGUCUUGAAGAAGAUCGAGAAAAGAUGGUCCAGGAGAUGAAAAAAACAACCCCAAACCUGGCCUACAUCGAUGAUGCAAUGAAUGCCACAUACGCACUGAGAAGACAGGAGAUCGUUGAAGAGGAGCCACCUGUGGCCGAAAUGAGAGUCAGAUGGCCUGCCCUUUUUACUGAAAGACAGAUCGCCAAGGAAUUCACCAGGCUCACUUCAAUGGACAUCAAUAAAUUCUAUGAGGGUCUGGACAGCCAUCUGCAUAAACUUCUUCAGUUAUUCCGGUUGAAGCGCUUCGAGGAAGUUCAAGACAUGACAUCCUUAAUGGAGAGUCUCGACAAGGAUGCAUCAAACCAAAGAAAGAGAGCAGCAGCUUUGCAGGGACUGCCAUGGUACAUGAAGGAAAAUCCUUCUACAUUAAUGAAGAGAUGUGAGCCAACAGAUCCUGGGGAGGACUUCAUCAAAGGAAUGGUGAUUGGAAUCCUUUUGGUUGUUGAAGAUGUGAAAGAGCCCCUUCCAGUUUCCUACAACGAUGUUGCCAUUGUCAUUGAGGAAAAGAUUGUCAUGCGUCAUCUUGAUGAUGUACCCAAUGCUUUUGUGAACCUGAUGGGCCUGCUGUACAUGCUGAACCUUGACUAUCCAAAAGAGAUGAAAUAUACUUUUGAGGUGAUUCAGCGCCUGUUCAUGGGAAUCGGGUCUGAGAUGUGCACUUCCAGGGUUCACUCUCUAAAGAAUAAACUGCUCAGUUAG